AAUCUUCAUACAUUGACAGAUCUGCAUUUAUCAAUGAUAGUGAACUCAAUGUUGAAUCAUUGAUUGAGAACUUGAAGAAUGUAAUAAUGAAGAAAUUGUCUGUAUCAUGUAUAAUCAGAUCUUUCAUAUUCUUUUCUGCCUCUUCUGUCACUGUUUCUCUCUCUGUCACUCUCUCUCAAUCUUCUAUUCUUAAUUCUGUUUCUGAUUCUCCUGCUCUCACUAUCUCUAUUCCUGUAACUCUCACUCUCACUACUUCUACUCUCUCUGCUUCUGUUAUCUCUGCUUUCAUUAUCAGCUCUUCUCAUUUCAAGAAGAUAUUGUAUAGACUUAAUGAAUCACAUUUCUCAGUGAAGAAUAUCCAUGUUUUCAGAAACAGGAAUAUGAAUAUCAUACUCUUUUACAUCUUGGCUCUGGCAUCAGAGAUCAUUUUAAUUGAAGAUGAUAACAUCACUGAGACUACUCUCUUCUGCUCUCAAGCUUCUUCUAUCACUUGCUCUCUCUUCUCUGUGAAGAAGAUUGUGCAUAUACUGAGUUAUAA